AUGCUCUCCUACAACGUCAUUAGCCCCGGUAUGCCCAACUUUCCAUACGCCAUGAUGCUCCUGUCUUCGAGUGUAACAAAUUGCCGCUUCGAGGGUGACAAUACUGCAUCAGAUGACGUCGUCUUNUUGCGUAUCCUCAAACUCAUGGAGAUCAUCAUCACCGGUCCUUCGGGCGAAGUCCUUGGGGAUCAAAGUGUUUGCGGCAUGAUGGAGUGUGGCAUCUCCAUCUGCUGUGCACUACGUAUGAGCGAGGUACUACGCCGUUCGGCCGAGAUCACCAUGGUCACCAUGUGCCAGACCAUCUUCCAGAGAUUGACCCACCUCGAAUCCUUGCCCGAACACGACAAUCAGAACGACCAAGACGACUUCAAAAUCGAGUCCAGCACUACCCAAAUCGGUUCGACUCCCGCUCAGGAUACCCCUCCUUCUGGAAGCCUAGAUGUGCCUCGUGUGGCCAGUGGUGAGAGGCCUUCUGCAGAAUUCAAUGCCAGCCAGGUAGACUUGACCAAAGCAACAGAAACUACCGAAAUACCUGACAUCAAGCCGUAUGGCUUACCCUCGAUCAGAGAACUUUUCCGUACAUUGGCCGAACUUCUUGAUCCUCAUGACAGGCAAUACACCGACACUAUGCGAGUCAUGGCUCUGCGUAUUGUGAAUGUGGCUCUAGAGGUUGCCGGUCCUUCGAUAGCUUACCAUCCCUCUUUGGCCUCGCUGGCCAAGGACACUCUAUGUCGCAAUCUUUUCCAGCUUGUGCGCUCUGAGAACAUUGCCCUCCUCCACGAAUCAUUACGUGUCGCCGGUACCCUGCUCGCAACUUGCCGCAGUGUACUACGACUCCAGCAAGAGCUCUACCUCUCAUAUAUUGUUGCUUGCUUACAUCCCCGCGUUCCGAUUCCUGACGAACCAACCAUCAACCCCACUCUCUACGAGGGCGUACCUCAGGCUCCAAGACUCGUCAAACCAGCUGCAUCUGCUACGCAAAGUGGCCGAUCCACUCCGGUACCGGUCAAGGAUAGACAAAAGCUUGGCUUGGAAGGCGGUUCUCGGAAGCCCGACGCAAGAGAAGCUAUGGUGGAGAGUGUGGGAGCCUUGGUCAGAAUCCCCAGCUUCAUGGCUGAGCUGUUUGUGAAUUACGAUUGUGAAAUUGACCGAAGCGAUUUAUGCUUGGACAUGGUCGGCCUCCUCUCGCGCAACGCAUUUCCAGACUCCGCUACCUGGAGUACUACCAAUGUACCGCCACUCUGCUUGGACUCAUUGCUUGGAUAUGUGCAGUUCAUUGCCGAUAGACUCGACGAUGAGCCUGUGACAGAAGGCUUGCCUCGUUUGGAAGCACUUCGCGAACAGCGAAUCCGCAAACAGAUAAUAAUCCGUGGUGCCACCAAGUUCAACGAGAACCCCAAAGCUGGUCUUGCUUAUCUGGCUUCUCAGGGGAUCGUUGAGAACAUGGAUGACUCCAUGUCCAUCACACGCUUCCUCAAAGGAACAUCACGGAUCGACAAAAAGGUCUUGGGAGAAUUCAUAUCGAAGAGAUCCAACGAGGCUAUCCUCGAUGCCUUUAUCGAUCUUUUCGACUUUACUGGAGAGCGUGUCGACGAAGCCUUGCGCCAAAUACUCAAUUCCUUCCGUCUUCCAGGCGAGUCACAACUCAUUGAGAGAAUUGUCACAGUCUUUGCAGAGAAGUACUGCAACAAGACUGAUCCCGAGGGUAUUGCGGACAAGGACGCUGUCUACGUCCUGACAUAUGCAAUCAUCAUGCUCAAUACCGAUCAGCACAAUCCAAACAUGAAACAAGCGCGCAUGGCAGUGACGGACUUUGCCCGCAAUCUACGUGGUGUUAACGGGGGUAAAGAUUUCGAACCAGAGUAUCUCCAAGGGAUUUAUGAUUCGAUCAGAACUCGGGAAAUCAUUUUGCCAGAAGAACAUGACAACAAGCACGCUUUCGAACAUGCUUGGAAAGAACUCCUAAUCAAGACUCAAACUGCGCAAGAUCUGGUCUUGUGCGAUACCAAUAUCUAUGAUGCAGACAUGUUCGCAGCUACAUGGAAGCCUGUUGUUGCGACCCUCAACUAUGUCUUCAUGUCUGCCACUGAUGAUACAGUGUUCCAAAGAGUCAUCUCUGGCUUCGACCAGUGUGCUCAGAUUGCGGCCAAGCAUGGGCUUCAUGACUGUCUCGACCACAUUAUAGCUUCUCUUGCACAAAUCAGCACCUUGGCCACAGAAACACCACCCAGCACUGCUCUCAAUACCGAAGUGCAAGCAAAUGGGAAGAGUAUCAUGGUGAGCAAGUUCGCUGUUGACUUUGGGCGAGAGAAUAAAGCACAGCUUGCUACGCUCGUACUCUUCCGUAUAAUCAAUGGGCACGAAGCCACGAUCCGAGGUGGCUGGAGUCAUGUAAGUUCAAUAUCAAGAUUUGUGCUCUUCAUCGUACUGAACCUUGUAAACAGGUCAUUNCGCAUCAUCCUCAACCUCUUCAUCAACUCACUCAUUCCCAACACUCUAUCGGCACUGACUUCAAAACUUGAUCUUCCGCCUAUCCCACUUCAGAGCCCUGCUCAAGUUAUAGAACGGAACGACAAGUCUACUGAUAUCGGUUUAUUCUCUGCUUUCACAUCUUAUGUGUCAAGCGUGAUGAAUGACGAGCCUCCAGAGCCUAAUGAUCAGGAGAUUGAGGCAACACUUUGCACGGUGGACUGCGUCAGUGCUUGUCGACUGGAUGAAGUUAUUGCCAACAUUGGGUAA